UAAAAGGUUGCGUGUAGCUAACGCUCAAUACGCGUCAUUUUAAUACGUGCCAAACUCUUAUUCGCUAUUGCUUCACAGCCAUAGCUUUCUCGUGACCGAGUCUUCCUCAUCCUCUUUGUAUAAAUCAAACCCUAAACACCUCUUCUCCUUCCCAAAUCUAUAAACCAAUCAUUCUCAAUUCUAUAGCUCUCUCUCUCUCGAAUUACGAAUCAAAGAUGCAGAUCUUCGUUAAGACUCUCACAGGAAAGACCAUCACCCUUGAGGUGGAAAGCUCCGACACCAUCGACAACGUCAAGGCCAAGAUUCAGGACAAGGAGGGAAUCCCACCGGAUCAGCAAAGGCUUAUCUUCGCCGGGAAGCAACUCGAGGAUGGACGUACUCUCGCUGACUACAACAUCCAGAAGGAGUCGACCCUUCAUCUCGUCCUCAGGCUCCGUGGAGGUAUGCAGAUCUUUGUUAAGACUCUCACCGGAAAGACGAUCACGCUCGAGGUGGAGAGCUCCGACACCAUCGACAACGUUAAAGCUAAGAUCCAAGACAAGGAGGGUAUUCCUCCCGACCAGCAGCGUUUGAUCUUUGCUGGUAAGCAGCUCGAGGACGGCAGAACCCUCGCUGAUUACAAUAUCCAGAAGGAGUCUACUCUCCACUUGGUCUUGCGUCUGCGUGGAGGUAUGCAGAUCUUUGUCAAGACUCUUACCGGUAAGACCAUUACUCUAGAGGUGGAGAGUUCCGACACCAUUGACAACGUUAAGGCUAAGAUCCAGGACAAGGAAGGCAUUCCUCCAGACCAGCAGAGGUUGAUCUUUGCCGGCAAGCAGCUCGAGGAUGGUCGUACCUUGGCUGACUACAACAUUCAGAAGGAGUCGACUCUUCAUUUGGUGUUACGUCUGCGUGGUGGCAUGCAGAUCUUUGUGAAGACUCUUACCGGAAAGACCAUCACACUUGAGGUGGAGAGCUCGGACACCAUUGAUAACGUCAAGGCCAAAAUCCAAGACAAGGAAGGGAUCCCUCCAGACCAGCAGCGUCUCAUCUUCGCUGGCAAGCAGCUUGAGGAUGGUCGCACCCUUGCCGACUACAACAUUCAGAAGGAGUCUACCCUUCACUUGGUGUUGCGUCUCCGUGGUGGCUUUUAAGUCUUUGUCCUCUGUCGUAUCAUGAAACAACAAUGUCUGCGUUUUUAGUUCCGCUAUCUUUAAAACUUAUCAUGGUUGGUUUGUGUGUCUGAGGCGUUAUAAAGCCUCGAUUAAAUAAUUGAUGACCUCUGUUUCCUAUCUCUUUUAAGACCAUUCGAAUGUUUCCAU